AGGAGUUUUUACAGGCGGAGCCGGUGUGUCUUUGAGGCAUACAUUUAUUGAGUGCGGGUGUAUUAGAAGAGUACGGUACGAAGCUGUCCUUUCGCGUUUCCUGUCGGGGACAAGUUGACAAGCUGAGCUACACCACGAACUAACCGUUUAGAACCGUUAAAACCGUUAAAUCACGUUAACCCACGAUGUCGGCGAACAAGGACAGCGACGGCGGCUGGAGGACAUUUGUGUGGAAUUCAGAGAAGAAGGAGUUUCUGGGACGAACCGGGAGCAGUUGGUUGAAGAUCUUCCUGUUUUACGUGAUCUUCUACGGAUGCUUGGCCGGGAUCUUCAUCGGGACCAUCCAGGCUCUGCUGCUCACGCUCAGUAACUAUAAACCCACCUACCAGGACCGGGUGGCCCCGCCAGGUCUGUCUCACACGCCACGUUCAGAGAAGUCUGAGAUCGCGUACAAAGUGUCUGAUCCUGCUUCUUACAAGAAGUACGUGGACGCUGUGGAGGAGUUCCUCACCAAGUACGAUGACGCCCGGCAGACCGACCAGAUCAAUUUCGAGGACUGUGGAGAGUCUCCUCUGAGCUACAAGGACCGAGGCACCAUUGAGAAAGACCUGGGUCAGAGGAAGGCGUGUCGCUUCAAACGGACUUGGCUCAGCAGGUGCUCCGGAGAGAGCGACCCGAACUACGGCUUCAAGGACGCGAUGCCGUGCAUCAUCGUCAAGCUCAACAGGAUCGUCAACUUCAUGCCAAAGGCUCCGACCGACAACCAGUCUCUCCCAGGGCCUCUUCAGACCAGCACUCAGCCCAACCUGAUCCCCAUCUUCUGCAAGAACAAGAGAGACGAGGACGAGAGCAAGAUCGGACCGAUCAAGUACUUUGGUCUGGGCGAAGGCUUCCCUCUGCAGUACUACCCGUACUACGGAAAGCUGCUGCACCCCCAGUACCUGCAGCCGCUGGUGGCCAUCCAGUUCACCAACCUGACCCUGGAUACGGAGCUCCGCAUCGAGUGCAAAGUGUUCGGAGGCAACAUCGGCUACAGCGAGAAGGACCGCUACCAGGGACGCUUCGACGUCAAGUUCACCAUCGCCUCGUGACCGUCUCUCACUUUGACACCGACACAUUGUAGAGAGAAUAAAAGAGUUGAGAUAAACACCACUAGUCUUUGAACAUUCAUCAUAUACAGGACCUACACUUAAUCUGUGUGCUUUACACUAGCUUCUCCAUGUGUGUGUGUGUGUGUGUGUGUGUCCAGGGUUAGAAUGUAAAAUACAAGAGUAGCAAUAGCAAAUAUUUAUUCUAUUGUACAUGAGAAUAUUCCUCGAGCCAUGUGUUCAUCUAUUACUGUAACUCCACUACUGACGUGUAGCUCUUUGUGUCCUCAGUGUUUCAUCCUGAAGGUGUUCUCAGAGUCCUGUUGUGCUCCGUCUUAUGUCCGCUUCAGUGGUCCAAGGUGUGUGUGUGUGUGGGUGGGUGGGGGGGUGUGUGUGUGUGUGUGUGUGUGUGUUAAUGUGCUCUAACUGAAUACUGGCAUGGUACUCUGACCCUCUGACUGACUCCAUGGAAGCAUUCUUCUUCUGUUCCUUCUUAACUGGUAGUGUAGAGCUUUGUGGGUCAUCUCCAACUCUGAUCCGUUUCUGCUGGAGACAUCACACGACGUGAUGCAACUUACUAUUGAAUGUUUUAACCAUUUUCAUGGUGGAAGAAUUUUAUAUUUAUGCAGUUGUACAUUUUUUUCAAAGUGUAAUGUAUGAAUCAAAAAAAAAACAAAGUCGCUGGUCUAAAAAAAAAAAAAAGUUGAGAGGACAUCGGAGGCGUUUACCGUGUAAUGACAUGUUUAGUCGGUGUGUUCAAUGUUGAAGAUCAAACACUUUAUUUAAUCUGCAUAAGGCUGAAACAAUAAACAGAAACAUGAGUCAACUGUCA